AUGUCUAUUUCACAGCAUAUUCUGCUUAAAUUGUCGUAUAAUGGCAUGUCUUAUCAUGGUUUUGCUUAUCAGCCGGGUUUGGCAACUAUUGAGUGGCAUUUGUUUUUGGCUUUGGUAAAGAGUAAAAUGGUAUCUAUGCCCUUUCCGGGGGUUUAUAACGAACAAAACUACAGUUUGUCGGCUGAAAUAAUAUCGGCAAUCAAUGGUGCUGAUUAUCAUAAGUGUGGAAGAACGGAUGCGGGUGUAUCGGCGGCAGCUCAGUAUAUUUCUUUGGUUUUGCCGUAUAAGAGUGAGGGGGAUGAAGUGAGUGUUUAUCCUUAUGAUUUGAUUAUCAAUCGGUACUUGCCGGCGAAUAUUAGAAUUUUGGGUUACAUGCGGGUUGGGGCGGGGUUUAGUGCGCGGUUUUCUUGUAUUUGGCGUGAGUAUGAGUACUACUUUAUGGCGGGUGCUUUGGAUGUGGAUAAGAUGGCGGCGGCUGCUAAGGAGUUAUUGGGGACACAUUGGUUUGGGCGCUUAUCAAAAUCGGAAAAACCGUUGGCUAAGAAGAGGAGACUGGCUAAGAUAACGCCUAAGCCUUUUCCUUUGGCUGAGGACUGUGUACGAACGAUUGAUGCUAUUUCUUUUGAGACGUGUUCUGCGCGUAGAGAUAGAGGUGAUAUUUACUUGAUGCGUAUUCGGGCACGGUCUUUUCUGCAUAACCAAGUCCGGAAGAUCUUUGGCCUGCUAAGUUUAGUCGGCGAGGGAGUAGAAGUAGAUUUUGCUAGUGUUUUGGAUCAAAAUAGAAGUCCGGUUCAUGACAUUCCUUUGGCUAGUGCAUUUCCCUUGGUACUAUCAGCUUGUGCCUUCCAGGCAGCAGAUUUAUCCCAGAUGAUUAGUCGGCACAGUAAAUCUGCACCGGCCGAUAAGUUAAUGGCCGAUGCACUUCUAGCUGCUGAAGUAUCCGUUCGAGUCGCCUCAGAAGCCCUAAACAGCACAAUCACUACCCCUAAAACCAACCGACCGAACAAAACCAACAAAACCAAUAACAAUCAUAACUAG